AUGCGGCCCCUGAGAGUUGUCACUGGCAAUGGAGGUGUAUCCCCAGAUGCGGUAGAGCCUAUUGCCGUGAUUGGUCUCGCUACUCGGUUUCCUCAAGAGGCUACUACCACCGAAAGUCUAUGGGAGCUUCUGCUACAGGCCCGGUCAACCUGGUCACAUAUUCCGAAAGAAAGAUUCAAUGCGGAAGCAUUUUAUCAUCCCGAUCCAGACCAUGGAGGAACAUUUCAUGUGCAAGGAGGUCACUUCCUCUCUGAAAAUCCUGCAAAUUUUGACGGGUCAUUUUUUAAUGUGACCAAAAAUGAACUUCUGACUUUGGACCCCCAGCAGCGGCUGGUCCUGGAAAAUGUCUACCAUGCAUUGGAAAACUCCGGCAUUCCAAUGGCCACCGUUGCUGGCUCCAAUACAUCGGUGUUUGUCAGCGGGUUUAACCAUGAUUACUUGGGAAUCCUUAAUUCCGAUCCAGAGACUGCACUUAAGUACAAGCCCACGGGUGUUGUCAAUGCAGUCCUGUCCAACAGAGUUAGCUGGUUCUUUGAUUUCAAGGGUCCUAGCAUGACCAUUGAUACUGCUUGUUCCAGUAGCUUGGUAGCGCUGCAUCUGGCUGUGCAGAGCCUACGGUCCCGAGAAACGAAUAUGGCUCUGGUUAGUGGGGUGAGUAUCCUGGAGAAUCCUGUGGAGACAGUCGGGAUGAGCCACCACGGUCUACUCGGAACUCAAGGCCGGUGCUUUAGCUUUGACUCCCGUGCGGAGGGCUAUGCCCGUGGGGAAGGAGUGGGUACAGUGGUUCUGAAGCCUCUAAGCACCGCUAUACGAGACGGUGAUACAAUCCGUGCCGUGAUCCGUGAAACUGGUGUUAACCAGGAUGGCCGGACGUCAGGACUCACCGUCCCCAGUGCGGAGGCCCAGGAAAGACUCAUCCGGGAGGUGUACUGGAGAGCUGGCCUAGAUCUGGAACAAACUAGAUUUGUCGAGGCCCAUGGGACUGGAACUAGCAUCGGGGAUCCGAUUGAGGCCGGGGCACUCGCAAGGGCGUUCAAGUGUCGACGAGAGACACCCCUCUACAUUGGAACCAUCAAGUCCACCAUCGGGCAUCUGGAAGGAGGUUCCGGCGUGGCCAGUCUGAUUAAAUCCAUUCUUAUCCUCGAGUCGGGUAUCAUUCCACCCAAUUUCGAUAUCCAGGAGAUUAAUGCCAUAAUUCCUGCCGCCGAAUGGAAUAUUGCAUUUCCCGGGGACAUUACUCCAUGGCCCUCACGGGGUCUCCGCAGGGUAUCGGUUAACUCCUUCGGAAUUGGAGGAACCAAUGCCCACUGCGUCCUUGACGACGCUUACCACUAUCUCCAAAGUCGCCGCCUUGAAGCUACGCAUCGAACGGAAGCGGCAGUUCCAAAGACCCUCCAACUGGGAGGUCGGACUUUGCUCAUACCCCGAGGGCCAGGUACGGAGUCCGAUAGGAAUCCCAAUUCAGAUGAGAAUGAUGGCGGUGUUGAUUCGAUUGGUGCACCGGAAACCCCAGCAACGGAUGUUUCCUUCUCAUCCACAGAGCUGGGCCCACUGAAGCCAUACCCUGCUCCCACAGACGUGCCCAGGAUAUUCUUACUUUCCGCAUUCGAUGAAGGUGGCGUUAAGCGGGCUGCGGCUACUCAUUCUCACUACUUAUCUGAGAAGAAUGAUCGGUCCGGUGACAUUGAGAACCUCUUGCAUGAUCUUUCAUUUACACUCACCAAGCGGCGCUCGGUGUUUCCAUGGAAGAGCUUUGUCUCGGCAUCCACGGUCAAAGAGCUGUCAUGGAAUCUCGCGGAGGACAACUUCUCAAAGCCAGUUCGAUCACUGGGUCUGCCGGGAAUUCAAUUCAUGUUUACCGGGCAAGGCGCACAGUAUCAGGCCAUGGGUAAAGCGCUUUUAGUUUAUCCGGUGUUCCAGAAGUCUCUUGAAGAGGCGACCGAAUACAUUCGGCGCUUAGGAAGCCCGUGGUCACUUAUCGAUGAGCUUUUCGCUGAGGGGGAUAUGUCUAGUGUCAGCUCUCCGGAAAUUGCCCACCCAUUGUGUACUUCGCUUCAGGUGGCACUUGUGGACCUCUUGGCAAGCUGGGAGAUAUUCCCAACUGCUGUGACGGGCCACUCAUCUGGAGAGAUAGCUGCCGCUUACAACGCUGGAAAGAUAUCCCGAGAAGGAGCCUGGAAAGCCGCCUACUACCGGGGCUAUGUUUCAUCAAAGCAACUGGCUGCCAACGGUGCGAUGAUGGCUGUAGGCUUGAGUGCUUCAAAACUCGAAUCAUAUCUUGACUGGAUCCACGAAGAGCAUCAUGGCGAAUUGAUUAUCGCCUGCUAUAACAGUCCGAAGAACAACACUGUCUCCGGCGAUAAUGAGCUGGUCGAUUGCCUUAAACAGCGACUGGACACUGAAGGUAUUUUUGCACGGAAACUCACUGUGCAAAAUGCCUACCAUUCCGCUCACAUGAGAUGCAUCGCUGACGAGUAUCUACAAUUGAUGGGGGACUUGUCUUCGGGACGGAGACUAGCUGUGCCACAUCUGGUUCGGAUGUUUUCCACCGUAACUGGCGAGGAGGUUCCAUCGGAGAAUCUAACAGGGCAAUAUUGGGUCGACAACAUGGUAUCCCCGGUUCGGUUUACCACUGGCUUGAAGGCAAUGAGCUCUCGAGCGCUGGAAAAAUCCUUGGAAUCGGAUGACCCCGGUGUACUUCCUUUCUUUGUAGAGAUUGGGCCUCAUUCAACUCUGCGGAGCGCCAUCAAGGAGACAAUGGCCUGCGAUGGCCAUACGAGCUUCAAAUAUUUCUCCGUUCUCAAACGCAGUGAUCCAAGUCUGAAUGCUCUUCUUAGCACAGUCGGGAUUUUGGCUGCCAACGGCUAUCCCUUAGAUCUACACAAAGUUAACCUUGCAUCGUGCAUAUGCUCUGAUAGACCACCGAAGUUGCUCGUCGAUUUGCCACCCUACAGCUUCAAACACACCGAGAAGAUUCUGUAUGAGAGUCGGCUCAGCAGAAAUCUUCGCACGAGAAAGUUCCCGCGUCAUGAUCUUUUCGGUGCCCCUGCUUCUGAUUGGGAUUCCAAUGCUCCUAGAUGGAGACAUUUUAUCAGAUUGAAUGAGAACCCUUGGCUAAGAGACCAUGUGGUGACGGGAAACGUUAUUUACCCUGGCGUGGGUUACUUGAUCAUGGCCAUUGAAGCAUCACGGCAGUUGGCCGGAGACAAAAAGGUCUCUGGAUUCCAACUGCGAAGAGUGUCUAUCAAACGAGCCUUGGUAGUUCCAGACACCAAAGAAGGCAUCGAGAUUAGCCUCCAAAUGACCACUGCAGACGGACCAUCUGAUUUACGGACUUGGCGUCGGUUCCAAAUCAGCUCUUUCAAUGAGUCAAGUGACGAAUGGACCGAGCAUUGCACUGGCCACAUAGCUGUGGAAUACAAAUCAUCCAUCAAUCCAAUUAACGAUGACCGCCAAGAAAAUGCGGAAGAUCAAACUUGGGAAAAGGAAUUGGAAACUUCUCAAAAUCUUUGUACAAAUUCCGUCAACUUCGCAAACACGUAUGACAAUCUUGGCAAAAUCGGACUCGAGUUUGGAUCAUUGUUCCGGAACCUCCAUAGCGUGAAAAGCAGUGGAUGUCGACUUGGAUUUAUGACUGGUGUAGUCACAGUCCCCGAAAUUGCUCAGUCGAUGCCAAAGCAGUAUAUGCACUCCCAUCUGAUUCACCCAGCCACCAUGGAUAGCAUGAUCCACAUGAUGAUUGCUGCUGGUAUUGAUUUAAGCGGCGGGCCAGACCUGGAACGAGUCAAGUUGCCAACAUAUAUCCGAGAUAUGUGGGUUUCAUCCGAUUUGAGUGCAUCGCCAUCUCAUGAGUUUGUGGGACAUGCAUCAGUAACCAUUGACCAAUCUGAUAAGCUUCACGGUCAGAUUCGAAUAAUCGGUGCUGCGGGCCAGCUUCAAAUUCGAAUGGAUGGCAUUGAGCUCACGUCCCUCGAGUCUACCUCCGUUGAGAUUGACGAGCGGAAACUGUGCACUGCUAUUGAUUGGAAGCCAGAUGUGUAUCUGCUCGGCUCCGCUGCUGCAAAUGAGCUCAGUUCAAUUCCCAAUGUUGAUCAUGAGGAAGAUUUAUAUUGGGUAAAGCGUCUGCAGAUUGCCACUAUGCUUUAUGUCACUGAUGCAUUGGUUGACCUCCGUGACCUUGAUAUCACGAAUCUCGAUUGGCACUUCACAAGAUUCCAUGAUUGGAUGAUCCACUGGCAGAGCUUACUUUUGAACGAUGGAAUCAUUCAUCUUCCAUAUUCCGAAUUCCAAAAAGCAUCUCUGGAUCCCACUUUGAAGCAGUCUAUAUACAGUGAGAUAGAAAGCCACAGCGCUGAAGGUGCCAUCACAGCCCGGAUGGGCCGCAAUAUUGCCGCAGUCAUUCGGAAAGAGGUUGACCCGUUGACUUUGAUGUUUGGUCAAGACAACGUGAUGGAGCAGGUAUAUAAAGAGGGCCUCCAUCUUUAUAAUCUUCCAAUGCACCUGAAGAGUCAUUUGAAUCUUCUUCGUCACCAGCAUUCGGGGUUGCAUAUUUUGGAAAUCGGUGGUGGUACUGGAAGCUUAACGGCGGAGAUCCUUAGGGUGCUCGCACCAGCGAACAAUCCCAAGAGAGCAAACAUAUCGAGCUACACCUUCACCGAUAUCUCUCCUGGAUUCUUUGAAAAGGCGAAGCGCAGAUUCCAGGCUUGGGGUGAUAUCAUGUCAUUCCAAACACUCAACGCUGAGAAAAGCCCUCUGGACCAGGGAUUUGAAGAAGGCUCUUACGAUUUGAUCGUUGCUGGAAACGUCAUCCACGCCACAAAGAAUCUGCAUGUCGCAUUGAAAAACAUUAGAUUCCUCCUUCGGCCUGGUGGUCAGCUUAUCAUGCAAGAGGGAAUCCGACAGGACUUCCUAUGGUACCCUCUUGUCUUCGGUCAGCUUCCUGGGUGGUGGCUUGGCGACGAGCCCAUCCGAAAAUGGUGCCCAUAUAUCCCAGCGUCUGCGUGGAAUAAGCUACUCACAGAAUCUGGAUUUUCCGGCGUGGACAUUGAGUACCCCAGCUCCACCAAUAAAGAUUUGAGUUGGCAGAGCAUUUUGGUAUCUGCAGCUCACUUGGUCGGAACGCAGCGUCCGCCAAACGUUUUUAUCCUUACAUCGGGGCUUGCGGGAGAUGAUCCUAUUGUUUCUCAGCUGCAGCUUAUGCUGACCAGCACCUUCCCCAAUGUUGUUUUGGUACAGCCAUCACAACUGCAUUCGGUGUCUGGGCCAGAUACGCUUUGCAUCUCUUUGGUUGAUUUGUAUGAAUCAUUCCUUUCGCAGCUUACCGAGGUUGAGUAUAACGCGAUGAGAAAGCUGUUGACGGAGUGUGAAAAUAUUCUGUGGGUCAUUCCCGAUCCGUCUGAAAAGCCAUUGUCAAAUACGAGUUUGGGUCUCCUGCGGACAGUUCGUUGGGAACGGAAUCCGGAUGGCUCUAACAUUGUCACAUUGGCGGUUUCUGGUGAUCCUUCUGAUAAUUUGGCGAAAUGCAUUCAUCAGAUUGCUGUUCAUCAAUUCCUGGAACAAAACUCGCGCGAAAAACAUGCAGAGUACUUUCUGCGGAACAAAACCAUUCAUGUUGGUCGCCUUCGUGAGUGGAAUGGAGCUGACGAAUUCCUCGCUCUUCCUUCACAUGGCCCCAGUCCUAAGCCAACUCAGCUAAGUGACGUGGCUCGGCCGAUUGAGUUGAAUUUUCCAACAUUAGAAUCGGGAACACGGCAAUUGUGCUGGGCUACAGACUAUCAGCAUGCGCAGGAUCUUGAGCCAUCCAAAAUAGAAGUGGAAAUCCGUGCCAUUGGUCUCAACUCAGAACCCAGCUCUAGACUGAAGUCAAACGAAGCUUCUGGAGUCGUGAAAAGAGUCGGUAUAGCAGUAGACGAUUUUGUCUCUGGUCAUAACGUUGUUUUCACAACGUCAGGGAAAAGUUCCCAUUGUUUCCGGACUUUGGCACAGGUUGACCGGUCACGAGUGAUAAAAAUACCAGAGAAUAUCCCACUCGAGGUCGCCGCUGGGCUGCCAUCAAUCUACUCGACAGCGAUUUACGGGCUUACGGAUGUAGCUAAUCUGCGUGGAAAUGGGACUCUUCUCAUUCACAAUGGUGCCACCGGUCUUGGUCAGGCGGUUAUCCAAUACGCACGUUUCCUUGGAGCCGUCAUUUAUAUCACGGUGCCAACGGCCGAAGAUCGAGAAUUCCUCGUGUCGGAGUACGGAAUUUCAGCAGAUCAUAUAUUCUCCAACAAAGACCUGAGUUUUGUCAGGAAUGUGAUGCGGUAUACGAAUGGCGUUGGAGUUGAUGUCGUAUUCAACUUAAUGACAGGCGAGGCUUUGCAAGAGUCCUUGUCUUGCAUUGCUCCCUUUGGCCAUUUCAUCCAUGUUCCGAGCAAGACUACUCGUGUUGAUGCAAUGCUCGACCUUACCGCGACGCAGAAGUGUGUGACAGUAGCUACAGUCGAUAUUGAGCUAUUGAUGCAAGUUCGUCCAGAGCUCAUCAGUCGGCUGAUUGGUGAUACGCUGAAGUUAUAUGCAGACAGCAAGAUUAGUCAGGUCCGACCUUUCAUUGUCGUGAAUUUCACACAGAUUACAGAUGGUGUUCAAGCACAGGAGAAUAAGAGAACAGGAAAGAUUGUCUUUGUUCCUGAUGUUUCAGACACUAUCCCAGUUCUUCCUGAUAUUGUCACACCGUACCAAUUUGAUGAUCAGGCCUCAUAUGUUCUCGCAGGCGGACUUGGAGGGUUGGGAAGAAGUCUGGCUCUCUGGAUGGCUUCGCGUGGUGCGAAACAUCUCAUAUUCUUGUCAAGAUCAGGACACAUCACAGAUCCUGUGAAAGAGAUGAUUGAUAAUCUUCGAAGACUUGGAUGUCAAUCUCACAUCUUUACCUGUGAUGUCGCCGAUGCGGAGCGCCUGCGAAAUGUCAUUCAAGAAUGCUCCGCAUCUUUGCCGCCCAUCAAGGGAUGCAUUCAGGGCUCAAUGGUGCUGCGGGAUGGUGCCUUUGCCGGAAUGUCUUUUGAGGAUUGGCAGACAGCGAUCCGCCCGAAGGUCCAGGGUUCAUGGAAUCUACAUGAGAGUUUGCCAGUCGACCUUGACUUUUUCGUCAUGCUCUCAUCAGUGGCGGGCAUCUUUGGUAAUCGCGGUCAGGCAAACUAUGCUGCUGGCAACACCUUCCAAGAUGCACUAGCCGCCUACCGCACUGCCCGGGGAAUGAAUGCAUCCAGCAUCAACCUCGGUAGCGUAUCUAGCGUCGGCUGGGUAGCAGAGAAUCGAGAAUCGAUGAAGACCCAUAUUGACACACUGUUCGAAUUUCUGCAAGAAGAAGAGGUACACCGAACAGUCGAGUUCCUGAUUGACCAUCGGUACAAGAAGGAAGUUGCUUCCGACCUUUCUCCAUCUCAGCUGGUUCUUGGGCUUCCAACAGCAGAAAUGUGUCGCAAGAACAACAUCGCAACACCCUCAUACAUUGAAUUUUCUCUUUUCACUCAUCUUCGCACAGCUCAUCUGACGAAGAACUUAGAAGUAGGUGAUGAGAAGAGUGUCAGCAUUGCCACUCUCCUUUCUGCCGCGUCCAAUGCCAGUGAAGCUGUGACUGUGAUUUCCAACGGAAUUGUUGAAAGGCUUGCUUCUUUACUUGCAAUUCCAUCAUCUGAGAUUGAUGCUCAGCGGUUCAGUUUCACUGGGAUUGACUCGCUUGCUUCGAUGGAGUUUGUUUCUUGGAUCGUCAAGAAUCUUAAGGCUGAGAUUUCUUUGUUGGAUGUCAUGGGAGCGCGGAAUAUAUAUGCGUUAAGUGAGAAGAUUGGAAAGACGACACGACUUACGACCUAUUCACAGUGA